AUGGGAAGGAAGAAAUAUGAUAAAAUCGAUCUUCCUUCAGGUUCAGAAUGGUCAUCAGAAUCUACAGAAUUUUUCUCCGAUGAAGCUGAAGAGGAUGAAGAAGAGAGCUUUAAAUCUUCUUUAAUGAGUGAAGAAGAAGGAGAAUCAAAUAAUUACUCCGAUUCGCAAACUGAAGAAACUCAAACUCCAAAAUCAUACGAAAAUGAACCAAAAGUUAUUAUAACUCCAUUUUGGAUUUCAGAAGAUACUAAAAAUCAUCAAGAUUCGUCUCAAUCUAUUGAAAACUAUUAUAUGCUCAAGAAACACAUGAGAUUAUCGAUGCUCGAACGAAGGAUUAAUCUUGGGGAAGACCAUAUACACUUACAUCCAGGGAUGGUUCCAAAAUUAGAGAUCGAAAGUGAUGAUUUAGAUUUUUCAGAGGCUGAAAUACAAGAUAGCGGAGAUUUUACUUCGCAUAAUGAAGUUAAUAUUGUUACAAUAUUUUGGCCACGACGAUCUUGA